AUGUCUUCAGAGCUUGAGGCACUGCGGAAUCAACUUCGCGCAGCACAGCGGCGUGAGCAAGAAGCAGAACGACUCCGCGAAGAAGAGCAACGACUCCGCGAAGAAGCAGAACGUCUCCGCGAAUAUGAACGACAGCGCUACGAACAGAGGACCGGAAAGACAACGCUGCCCGAGUUCCUCGAUGCAUGCCAUAAUCAUCUUUGCCUAGGUCUGACCAUCCAACCAGAUACCACACAGUCCACGCAAGGCGAUGCCGCAAACGCAGACAACAAACCGCGGCCUGAUCGAAUCUUGCCAUGGCCAGAAUUUGAUGCGGAGCAGGCACGGACGUGGCAAGAUUUGAUGGAUUCAGAAUUCGUCCUUGAACGACAUUUUACCUCCCUACAUACACUAGAAGAGUCAGGGGAAGCUGUUCGCCGGCGCCAGAGGGUUCGAAGCUAG